AUGAUGCUGGGCGAGGAGUCGGAGCCUGCGAGAAUAUGGGAGGAGGUAGGGAACGAAGCCCUCCGACGAGGGAUCAAGAGAGUCGUCAUGAUGGGUGCCCACUGGGAAACUCUAGGCGACGCAGUCGAGGUCAGCAUGAACCCUGACCCGAAGAAGCUCCCAAUGGGUGGUGUUCGAAAUGAACGCUACCUACCGUAUAAGCUGGCCCCGGACUUGGACGGAGGACAACGUGUAUUGCAUAUGCUCCAGGCCGCCGGUUUUAACGCUCGGGCGGCGCCUCGAUUCGAUUGGAUCCACGAUACCUUUUUGAUCGUCAUCCGGAUGUUCCCCAAUUGCGUGCCCCUGCCAACAACUCUCGUGUCGAUGAACGCUCGCUAUGAUCCUCACUUCCACGUCAAGAUGGGUGCUGCGCUCCGCCCGCUGCGGUACGAGGAUACGUUGAUCAUCGGUAGUGGCGGGUCGGUGCAUAACCUAUAUCGCAACCACUGGGAGCAUAUGUUCCGGUUCAGUGAUAACUUUGCGCAGCCGGUGGCUCCUGCACCCUGGGCAUUGCAGUUCCGCCAGGCGGUCGAGGAUGCUAUCUUGCGGAAUCGAGGCCCUGAGGUCCGUCGUGCGCUUUCUCGACUGAUGAAGCAUCCGCGCUUCCGCGAAGCUCAUGGCACCGAUGACCACUGGAUGGCUUCCUUGUUCGUGGCUGGGGCGGCGGGAGCGUCGGAAGACCAGGGUCCGAAUACUAUGAUGGGAGAAUGCUGGGAGCUGGUCAACAUGUGUAACACGCAGUACCAGUUGGGAUCAUGGGACUAA